AUGACUUUCCAAUCAAACCUUAUUGAAAUCACUAAUUCUUUAACUAAUUACGAAGCCGAAAACUUAAUUAAAAUUCUUCAGAGGUGCAUGAAUAAAAAAUCUUACAUUCCAUCACUGUUACAAUCACCAUGUUAUUUACCGUCUUCUUCAUCUUUAAAUAACAAUUUUGCCGGCACCCCACCACUAUCACCUCCUCCCAGAGAGGAAUUUAUUUCUGUUCAGGAAUUCUUUUCUAAAGGAUUCCAUUCACGUUUUGGCAUAACUCCUGAAAUAUUUUUUGACCUGGUCAAUGAUAUAAAAAUGAAUGGUAAUUUUCUCAAAUUCACAUGGAGAAAAAGAUUUCCAUGUCCUUUGUGUACAAAAUCAGGUUACCAUAUCUGUUGUUCGAGAUGUAAAAAUUUAAGUCAUAUUUGCAAUUGCAAAUAUGCAUGUGGUCUCACAUACCCAGUCCAGUUCUCUUCAAAGGGAAGGGGUUCAUCUUGGAAAAAGUGUAGUUUUGUAACUAAUAAAUAUGAUAAACAAGCUAUCACUGAACAUUUAAAAACAUGUACGGGUAAGAUCGCCAGCGAUUUUACCCUUAUGACAUUAAAAAUAUAUCCUCUUGAUAAGGAGGAGGGAACUACGGAUACCAGGUAUAAUAAAAUAAAACUUGAUGAACGUCGUUGCCCGCUAUAUAAUGAUAUCCAUAACAUGCAUCAGGCAUGUUAUGGUGAAAAUUUUGGAUGCUGGUCAUCCAACACCACGUUAGUUGGUUCAUCGUCAAUAACGACGAAUGAUAAAAUAUUUUACGUUAAUGAUACAGGUAAGAAAGUAAAGUGGGAUGAUUGGAUGUCCUACUUGGAACAACGAACUAUUGUAAAUAGUUUAUCUAAUUCGUAA